AUGGGAGAUGAUGUAUCGGAAGCACUUCUUGUAGAACAUAAACUCAAUUCAUCUGUGGAGAUAUCCGAUAUUGUGGAAAAGAAUCACUCAACCCAUCAAGAAGAAUUGGAUUUUGCAGAGAAGAAUCUCCCUCUUUCUGUGGAAGAGAUAGAACCAUCCUUUCUUGGGGAGAAGGAUAACUCGAAAUCCAAAGAGAAGCACCAGUUAACCUUCUGCGUCUUCCAAGAUGAAUCGCAGCUAAAGGUGCUCCAGCGUCUGAUCGACUCUGAGCUCUCGGAACCCUACUCCAUUUACACCUAUCGCUACUUUGUCUACAAUUGGCCAGAUCUUUGCUUUUUUGCUCUCGAUGGCGAUCGUUAUGUGGGCGUAAUUGUUUGCAAGUUGGAAACGACAAUCGAGGGAGCUCAGAUAGGCUACAUUGCCAUGCUGGCGGUGGAUGUGGAGUACAGGAAGCGGGGCAUUGGAAGAGCCCUCUCCGAAAUGGCCAUAGAAGCCAUGGCGAUGAGGGAUGCCGCCAUGAUUUCCCUGGAAACGGAGCUGACCAACAAACCAGCAUUGGCUUUGUACCAAAGUCUAGGAUUCAUAAGGGAAAAGCGUCUAUUGCGUUAUUAUAUGAAUGGAGUGGAUGCCUUUCGUCUGAAACUAAUGCUCCACUAUUCCGGAAUGUUGCCCUUGAGCGAGGAUUAGAAUAGUUAGAUAUUAAUGAAGGCUUCUGAUCGGUGAAGCGAGGUGGUUUUCUCAUUUCUCUGACCUUUGCCAUUGCCGUUUGCCGUUCCCUUCAAUUAGCGCCCCAGCGUGCUGCUACUUGGGUAGCCUCUGUACUCUCCAAAGACUCCUCAAAAAUCAGGUAGAUGAAGAAACUCCGCCGCCUAAUUGAGCCGCAAAACGCUCGAUGUCGAUGGCGAGGAGUCAUGCCGGGCAGGGCGAUCAAACCGAUCGACCAGAAGGGAUAAUUGCCUCUCAGGGUCAAAGUCUCGACACAUUAAGGAGCACUCGUCGUCGCCUCGAUAAGGUUAUAUGCUUUGAUAGGUGGUCCUUUCAUCGGCAUUCCCUUUAGAUUCAUUCAAACCGAUUGGGGGAGAACUUUGCGAUUCUUGAAGAACGUCUUUCAGCAGUUAUUUACAAGGUUGCUGGUUUUUAUGGAGUUCGUUUGAUAGUAAAUAAAUUUCUGGUGGUCUUUAA